AUGGUUGCUCUUGUGAUCCUCAUCUCCUCUGAGGUCUCAGCUCGUGAGCUAGCGGAAAUUUCUAAGCCAGCAAUUCCUAUUAGGGGGAAACCUUAUCCCUUUAAAGGCAGACCAAGUACGCCAACUGUCAGAUGCAAUCCGUAUAUUAGAGGAUGUGUCCCGUCUCCGCCCCCGCCAUGCAAUCCGUAUAAGAGAGGAUGUCACCGGCCCUCGCGGGCCCCCGCCCCGGGAGAGUAUAGGCACAGCCAAGGGCACCAUGAAAAACCAGGAGACUGA